AUGGCCCCUCCCGCUAUCAUAGCCCCCUCAAUCUUGAGCGCAGACUUCGCUGUGCUAGGCAAUGAAUGCUCGACGAAGAUCGCCCAGGGCGCCGACUGGCUGCACGUCGAUAUCAUGGAUGGCCAUUUCGUCCCCAACAUCACCUUCGGAGCUCCCGUCGUCACCAAAAUCCGCUCCCACGUGGAACGGCCGACCCAACCACACGGAAAGGGCACCUUUGACUGCCACAUGAUGAUCAUGGAGCCUCAUAAAUGGGUCAAGGAGUUCAAAUCCGCCGGUUGCGAUCUGUACUGUUUCCACUACGAGGCCGCCGUGUCGUCGGUCGCUGCCACGACGCCCGAAGACAAGGAGACGACCCGCCGUACGAGCCCCAAGGAGCUCAUCCGCUAUAUCCACGAGGAGGGAAUGCAGGCGGGUAUCGCCAUCAAGCCGGAUACCCCCGUCGAUGUGCUCUGGGACAUUUUGGAGAACAAGGAUGAGAAGGAGCGGCCUGAUAUGGUGCUCGUCAUGACGGUACACCCUGGCUUCGGCGGCCAGAAGUUCAUGGCCUCCGAGCUUCCCAAAGUGAAGGCUCUGCGGGAACGAUACCCAGAUCUGAACAUCGAGGUGGAUGGCGGUUUGGGAUUGGGAACUAUUGACCAGGCUGCUGAUGCAGGUGCCAAUGUCAUCGUCGCUGGUUCGGCGGUGUUUGGCGCGCAAGACCCUGCUGAUGUUAUCGCGAAGCUCCGGGAGGCUGUAGAGAAACGCCGCUAA